CUUCCUUCCUCUUCCCUCCGCCUGCCGCGCCGUCACACAACGCCACCUCCCUCCUCCCGUCCCCAUGGACGACACCCCACCUUCCACCCCCGCUUCCGCCUCCGCCUCCUCCUCGCCGGCGGCCGCAUCCGGCCGCGGCCGCGGCACCGGCUCAGACUCCGCCCUUGUCUCGGCCGUGGCGGAAGCUCUCGUCUCCGGCUCCCGCCUGCCCUCGCCGCCGCCCAUGGACGCUCUCCUGGGCCCGUACCUGCCUCGUCUCACCGCCUCGCACCACCCGCGCGUGCUCGCCCUUGUCGCUGCAAACCCGUCGCUUGCCUCGCCGCACGUUCUCAUCGCCUACCGCCGCUUCGUCUCACCUCCGUCCUGCCUUGCCUCCCUCCUUCCACUCCUCCCCGUGCUCCCCUACCGCAACCUCCUCCCGCUCCUCCUCGACUUCGUUCCGCACGACCCGCUGAGCCGCCUCCACCGCCACCUCCUCACGAGUCGCCCCACGAGCGCGCUCGCCGACGCCGCGCUGUCCGCGUACGCCCGUCUCGGCCGCCCCCAACUCGCCGCGCAGCUCCUCCACUCCUUUCGCCGCCGCGGACGCAUUUGUCCCUCCCUCCAGGCCGCUAACGCCGUCCUCUCCGCCCUCUCUCGCUGCCCCACCACCUCGCCGCAGGCCUCUCUGGACGCCUUCCGCUCCCUCAUCGGGUUGCGGCUCCACCCCAACCAUUACACCUUCAACCUCCUGGUCCACACCCACUGCUCCAAGGGCACCCUCGCCGACGCCCUCUCCACGCUCUCCACAAUGCAGGGGUUUGGACUUUCCCCAGACGCUGUCACCUACAACACGCUCCUCAACGCGCAUUGCCGCAAGGGCAUGCUCGGUGAGGCGCGGGCGCUGCUGGCCAGGAUGAAGAAGGAGGGGAUCACGCCCACCAGGCCCACGUAUAAUACCCUCGUCUCGGCAUAUGCGAGGUUUGGGUGGAUCAAGCAGGCGACCAAGGUCGUGGAGGCCAUGACAGCGUUCGGGUUGGAGCCUGACCUGUGGACGUACAAUGUGCUCGCUGCAGGGCUCUGCCAGGCAGGGAAGGUGGAUGAGGCAUUUAGGUUGAAGGAUAAGAUUGAGCGGCUCGGCAUAGUAUCGCCUGAUGUAGUCACCUACAAUACGCUUGUUGAUGCAUGUUUCAAGUGGAAGCGCUCUUCUGAUGCACUGAUUCUGCUCGAGGAAAUGCACUACAAAGGGGUGAAGGCAAGUUUGGUCACACAUAACAUUGUGGUGAAGGGGCUCUGCAGGGAGGGACAUUUGGAACAGGCAUUAGUGCGCUUGAAUAUGAUGGCAAAGGAGGGCUUGGCACCGGAUGUGGUUACAUACAAUACAUUGAUUGAUGCAUACUGCAAAGCCGGCAAUGUUGCCAAAGCAUAUUUAUUGAUGGAUGAGAUGGUGGGAAAGGGACUCAAAAUGGACACUUUCACCCUGAACACUUUACUAUAUAACCUAUGCAAAGAGAAGCGCUAUGAAGAAGCUGAGGAGCUAUUGCGUUCACCGCCGCAGAGGGGUUUUGUACCUGAUGAAGUUAGCUAUGGUACAAUGAUGGCAGCCUACUUCAAGGAGUAUAAUCCAGAGCCUGCUCUGCGUCUGUGGGAUGAAAUGGUUGCAAGGAAGUUAACACCUAGUAUUUCUACUUACAACACAUUAAUCAAAGGGCUUUCCAGAAUGGGGAAGUUGAAAGAGGCAAUUGAUAAAUUGAAUGAAGUGGUGGAGAAGGGGUUAGUGCCAGAUGAAACCACCUACAAUAUAAUUAUUCAUGCCUAUUGUAAGGAAGGAGACUUGGAGAACGCUUUCCAAUUCCACAACAAGAUGGUGGAAAAUUCUUUUAAGCCAGAUGUUGUUACCUGCAACACUUUGAUGAAUGGGCUUUGUCAAUAUGGCAAGCUUGACAAAGCGUUGAAGCUUUUCAAGUCAUGGGUAGAGAAAGGGAAGAAGGUUGAUGUCAUCACCUAUAACACUUUAAUUCAAGCUUUGUGCAAAGAUGGCAAUGUCGAUAUGGCUUUGCAUUUCUUUGCUGACAUGGAGAUCAGAGGUUUGCAGCCUGAUGCAUUUGCUUACAAUGUUGUGUUAUCUGCACUAUCUGAGGCAGGCCGAUCAGAGGAAGCACAGAAUAUGCUGAAUAAGCUAACUGAGAGCGGAAAAUUAUCUAAAAGUUUUUCUUAUCCUCUAAUGGGAUCUUCUGUGGAGGAAGUGGAGACAGGAAAGGACCCAGAGGUCAAACCUAAGACAGAAACUGGUGAUCAGGAGAACUAUAGGAAACGUGUAAAUGAGCUCUGCAUUGGUGGGCAACUGAAAGAAGCUAAGGCUGCUUUGGAUGAGAUGAUGCAGAAGGGCUUGUCUGUUGACAGUUCAACUUAUAUCACUUUGAUGGAAGGCCUUAUCAAAAGACAAAAGAGGCAAACACAUGCAGCUGGAUAGUACAUGCUGCUUUGGGAUGUGACAUUGUCCAUGCUUCUGUAACUUCCUCAAAUGAUCAGGUACUGACUAGCUGGCAAUUCAAUUAAAAUGUGGAGACUGUUUUUUGCAGAAGAUUGGUGGCAAGCAGACUACUGUCUUAGUCCUGCUUCCGUUGUUACAGGAUGUAGUCAUUUGGCCAUGCAAUACCCAUUUGGUUAGCACAAAUUUUGAUACCCCUCGGCCAUAGCCCUUUCAUGUAACACUGCUUUCUGUAAUUCUGCUUUAGGUGCACAUAGGUUGCUGCUUAUUUGGCUCUUUAUGCUUAGGGAGUGAGUUGAAAUUUAACAAUCUUCUGCUGUCGCCUGCAAUAACAAUAUGUACAGAAUCAUUCUAAUCUUCUGUUGUUUCUCCACCUGCCAAAUUUCAGUCUGCAACCAGCCGUUCUGA